AUGAAGCUCAUACCUGUUUUUUUAUUUAUCACCUUAACUAUAAAUGUUUUUGGAUAUCCAUUAUUUCCAUUUGAUGGUUUAAUUAAAAGAAGAUCAAAAAGUUCAAGAAGUGGUAGUAGCAGUAGUAGUUCAAGAGGUUCAAGUAGUAGCUCAAGCGGUUCCAGGGGUGGUUCAAGUUCAUCAAGUGGAUCAAGAGGAGGCUCCAGCAGUGGCUCGUCUAGUGGUUCAAGAGGUGGCUCCAGCAGUGGUUCAUCCAGUGACUCAUCUAGUGGUUCAAGAGGUGGCUCUAGCAGUUCUUCAAGUGGGUCUUCAAGUGGGUCUUCAAGUGGAACUAAAGGUGGUUCUGGCAGUUCUAGUGGCUCCACUGGAUCUAGUGGUACAAGAGGUGGCAGUAGCAGUUCUAGCAGCAGACGAAACUGGGGUAACAAUCAAUACCAUUGCAGUGGAUCCAGAUGUGGGUAUGGUAAUUAUUAUGCACCUAGUGCUGCUGCAGCAGCAGCUGGAUACGGUACAGCAAGAUACCAUGCUGGUCAUUCUUCAGGAAACAGAACUUCCAAUUCAACCAGCAGUAGUGCCACAUCUUCAUCACCUGCUGGUAUGUUACAAGUCCCAACGGUCUACUGGAUUGGUUUGGGUGCUAUCGGUGCUAUCAUUUUAUAA